AUGACAGAUACUCAAGAUACCAAAAUCACCCUAUACUGGCUGGAGAAGUCCCGUGCCCAACGGAUCGUCUGGCUCCUGGAAGAACUCAACCUCCCCUACGACAUCAAGACCUUCAAACGCAAAGCGGACAUGACAGCACCCGACGAAUUGAAGAAGAUCCACCCCCUGGGUAAAUCCCCCGUCAUCACCAUCGACACACCCAACUGCCCCGAGCCACUCGUUCUGGCAGAGUCCGCGGUGAUCAUCGAGUAUCUCUGCACUCACUUCGGCGGGGAGAGGCUCAUCCCGGAGCGAUAUGCCGAGGGAAAAGAGGGCCUGAUCGGCGUUGAGACGGAAGCGUGGAUGCGAUACCAGUAUUUCAUGCACUAUACCGAAGGAAGUCUGGCGCCGUUUCUGGUGAUGAAGGUGGUGAUGGAUGGUGUGAGGAGUGCACCCGUGCCGUUCUUCAUCAAGCCAGUGACUAGAAUGAUAGCGGCCAAGGUGGAAGGGGCCUUUAUCAAUCCCAACCUCCAUACGCAUCUUGGCUUCCUGGAAGACCAGCUCAAGACGGCGCCCCCGGGCGGUCCUUAUCUUUGUGGAGAUAUGAUCACGGCUGCCGAUAUUCUGCUGAGCUACUCGGUCAUCGCGGCGUUGUCGAGGCUGACAUCCCUUCGAAGUCGGUAUCCCGGAGUAGCAGCCUAUGCAGAUCGGCUGCAGGCCUUGGACAGCUACAAACGGGGCGUUGCGCAAAUUGAGAGGAUUGAGGGGUCAUUCGAGGCUAGUUUAUAA